CGUUCAUGUUAAUAAUAUCAAGUUUCAUCCUCUCAUUGCACUAAUGAUUUAUCAAGUUCAUAGCUGGGCCCGGAAGUAGGUCUUUAUAUUGCCUGAAAAUUCACAAUUAAACCAACUAUUCAACCUGUAAAAUACAUCCUGUACUUGCAAGCGAAACAUUACAUUAACAAGGUCAUGCAACGAUACAUCACCAUACUCAUCGCUACAGUAUUGCUUUUAUGUGAUGGAGAACAAUCGUAUGGUUCGUCGCUCAAAAAUCAUCGUGAACAAGAGCAUUAUCGUGACGAAGAUUAUCCAUUUAUGAACGUCUCUCUUCCAUGGGAUGUCAGAGUAGAUGAUUUGGUAGGACGAUUGACACUGGAGGAAAUUAUUGAUCAGAUGUCGCAUGGAAGUUGGAGGGAAGGAGGCCCUGCUCCAGCUAUUCCUAGGUUGAAUAUCGGCCCUUAUCAGUUUGGAACAGAAUGUUUAAGUGGCGAUGUGCAAGCCGGGAAUGCAACGUCGUUUCCAAUGUCCAUUGGCAUGGCAGCAACUUUCGAUCCUGGCUUAAUAUUCCAAGUUGCCCGAGCGACAGGUGUCGAAGUUAGAGCAAAGCAUAACAGUUACGUUAAAGAAAAGGAGUAUGGAAUGCAUACUGGACUCAGCUGUUGGAGUCCAGUAAUCAACAUUAUGCGUCAUCCAUUGUGGGGAAGAAAUCAAGAGACGUACGGAGAGGAUCCCUACCUCACAUCAAUCCUAGGACAACACUUCGUUUAUGGGCUUCAGGCAGAUCACCCAAGAUACGUAUUGGCCAACGCAGGCUGUAAACAUUUUGACGCAUAUGGCGGACCGGAAAAUAUUCCUCAAAGUAGAUUCAGCUUCAAUGCACAGGUCAGCGAUCGAGACUGGUACAUGACAUUCUUACCACAGUUCAAGGCAUGUGUCGAAGCGGGAACCUACAGCAUCAUGUGUAGUUACAACAGUGUGAAUGGUGUUCCAGCUUGUGCAAGUAAAGAAUUGCUCAUCGAUAUACUAAGAACAAAAUGGAAAUUCAAAGGUUAUGUUAUCAGCGACGAAGGUGCAUUAGAGUUUAUUUUGAGUUUCCAUAAGUACACGAAGAAUGAGGUUGAAACGGCAGCUGCGGCUGUGAAUGCUGGGUGCAAUCUGGAGCUUGGUCUGCCUUCUUUGAAGAAGAAUAUUUACAGUUAUUUAGGAGAGGCUGUGACUAAGAAAUUGGUAAACGAAUCAACGUUACGAGAUCUUGUUAAGCCAUCGUUUUAUACGAGAAUGAGACUGGGAGAAUUUGAUCCAGCAGGAAUGAAUCCAUACACAAGCCUUAAUUUGUCCGUGGUACAGAGCAUUGAACACCGGAGGUUAUCGUUGGAAGCAACGGUCAAAUCGUAUGUCAUGCUGAAAAAUGACAAAAAUUUAUUACCAUUGAAAGAUUUGUCGAUGAAUAUAACACUUCUUGGGCCAUUUGCAAAUAACAUCUCAGGACUGUUUGGAGAUUAUUCACCAAACAAUACGAAAUCUUACGUGUCUACACCGUAUUCAGAACUUUCUUUGAUCAUGGGCGAAAAGUUGACGUAUUUACCUGGCUGUUCGGACCCCAAAUGCAGUACAUAUUUUCCUGGACCUGUGAUUGAUGCAGCGAAAAUGUCGGAUUUGGUCAUCGUUUGUCUUGGGACAGGUAUAACAAUUGAGGCAGAAGGGAGAGAUAGAUCAGACCUCUCGUUACCUGGUCAUCAACUACAAUUACUACAAGACGCCGUGUCGGUGGGGAGACCAACCAUACUCGUGCUGUACAACGCUGGGCCGGUAGACAUUUCCUGGGCAAAGGCAAAAGUUCCUGUGAUCAUGUUGAAUUUCCUGCCGGGUCAAAACGCGGGCAAAGCAUUGGUCGCGGUGCUUCUUGGAUAUGAGAAUCCUGCAGGACGUCUACCGUAUACCUGGCCCGCUAGCAUGAGUCAGGUUCCUGAUAUGACCAACUAUUCGAUGGACGGACGCACAUACAGAUACUUCAAAGGUGACCCACUCUACCCAUUUGGAUACGGCCUUUCCUACACGAACUUCAGCUAUUCAAAUAUCGUGGUACCCAAGGAGAUAAAACCUUGCGAUCAGGCGGUGGUCACAGCAGAACUGCGUAACAUUGGAAACAGGAAUGGAGACGAGGUCACCCAAUUGUACAUCAACUGGCCUAAAGCCACGGUACCAGUACCACAAAUGCAACUAGUUGGUGUUAAAAGGACGUUCCUAGAAGCAUCUCAAUCGAUCGAAUUGUCAUUUACAAUCGAAGCAGCACAGUUUGCUGUUUAUACAGAUCAAAUGGUCAUCGAGCCCGGUCCAAUAAACGUCUACCUAGGUGGUCAGCAGUAUGGCCAGAAGACGUCCGCUCCCUCCAACGUACUUCAUGCUGUCAUCACCAUAGAUGGAACAGAACCUGUACCAAUCAGUCAAUGUCUUGGGGACGUUACAGCGUAAAUUUAAAAGGAAAAGAACAACCCACAAAACAAAUACUUAUCAUCAAAAUAUACAAAUAAUGACGACAAAAACACAAGCGAUUAUUCACGAUAUAUUUUAAUGACUUAAAUACUAUUCUGAAUAAAAUACGAUGCUAAAAUGAUUCAUUACUCUUGGAUAUGUUAAUAUAUUAAUUUACACUUUAUACAAUAGAUAUGUUCGAUUAAAUAUAU